GAGAGAUUAGACGGGGGAGCGAGAGAGAGAGCAUGGAGAGGGCAGAGGGCUUUCGGGGGUGAGAGGUGCUGUUUGGCGCCCCCCUUCAAAGGACUCACCGGACCACACGUGGAUCGCGGGGGGUCGCGGACGCCAGCUCCAGAGGCUGCGGACAGGGGGCACCGCCACGCGGGAUGCUGAGGAGGGGGCAGCUCCCCCCGCCAGCCGCCUUGUACUCCUACACCAUGAUGGGGACCAGACUGGGGGGGCUUUGCCUGUUGGGAGUCCUGGCAGCAACUUGCAUGGCUGUGCAGUUUGUUCCUGCAAAGACCUACGAGGACUGGUGGGCAUACAAGGAGACUCUCCAUGGAAGCUUCGUGCCAGGUCCCCCAUUCUGGGGUCUUGUGAAUUCGGCUUGGAGUCUCUGUGCCAUUGGCAAACGCCAGUCACCCGUGGAUGUCAACACAAGCCAAAUGGUGUUUGACCCUUUCCUUCCCCCACUUCGGCUAAGCACAGGCGGGAAGAAGAUCGGCGGCACCAUGUACAACACAGGACGGCAUGUCUCCUUUCGUCCAGACCCCCUGCAGCUGGUGAACGUUUCUGGUGGGCCUCUGCUGUACAGUCACCGGCUCCAGGAGCUCCGCCUACACUUCGGCAGUGAAGACGGGUUUGGCUCUGAGCACCGGGUAGAUGGCGAGGGCUUCUCUGCUGAGGUGCAGCUGAUCCACUACAACCAAGAGCUCUACCCUAAUAUCUCAGAGGCCUCACGCAAUCCCAAUGGUUUGGCUGUCAUUUCAAUCUUUGCCAAUAUUGGACCAAGUCCUAACCCUUUCCUAACCAGACUGUUAAACAGAGAGACCAUUACCCGGAUCUCAUAUAAGAAUGAUGCUUAUCUUCUACACGAUUUGAGUCUUGAAGAUCUUUACCCAGAGACAUUUGGUUUCAUUACCUACCAAGGAUCCAUGUCGACCCCCCCAUGCUAUGAAACGGCCACUUGGAUCCUCAUUGACCGACCCAUUAACAUUACCUCGGUACAGAUACACUCCCUUCGUCUGCUCAGCCAGAACCUUCCUUCCCAGAUUUUCCGGAGCAUGAGCGACAAUUCUAGACCCCUACAGCCCCUGUUACACCGAAGCCUUCGGGGCAACCGGGAUCCACGGCGCCCCACUCGACGUUGCAAGGGCAGCAACUACAGGCUACACGUUGAUGGUACACGGUCUCCGAAAACUGUUGUGUAACUGAAGUCUGCUGCUGCAGCCGGUUGAAUAUUUGAGGGUGGCUGUGACUCCUUCUAAAUUUGAUGCCUAACUGAGGAAGUUACAGCCUCCCACUUCUGGGACUUGUCUGUCUCCCACCAUAUGAAAGAGAAUAACACAGGGUGCCUGUGAACAACAUUGGAAUGUGUGCCUCACGGGUGUUUAGAACACACACACGCCAUCCAUAUGGCUUCUAGAGGCUUAAGACAAAUGAGACCCAAGCUAUUUAUUAGCAGAAUGUUACAUACCCAAUUGAAUAGCCAUAUCUUAAAAGGGAAUGGAUCCACCCCAGAUUCUUGAAAACUGGAAUCUUGCCCUCUGACAUUGCCUCCCUGCUAUCCCAAAGGCAAUUCAUGUUUUUUUUCUAGAUGUCAAAUAUAUUCAGAAUCUCUAUGAAUCCCAAACAUUAGGGAGAGAGAACGUAACCCAAUUUCUGGGCAGCUCAGCCAAGCUGUAUACGGCAGACAGCUGUACCCCAAAUGCUGCAAACACAUCAGAAUGUUUGGUUGGAUAUAUAAAUGUAGGAGACCAUCCCCAUGACAUGUGAGUACACCAACAAAAUAUUUGUGGAACAUUCUGUGAACCUGAGGAGCCAGAGGCCCCCAAAAUAAAAGCAGGACUGUUCCCCUCCAAUAUUAAUGCCCUGAACCUCAGGAAGUUUGAGGGGGGGGGGAAUAGGACAACACAGAAAUACAUGGGAAGAACCCCACAUUUCAUUAUUUUUUGAGAGAGAGAUACAUUGAAACUCCAUCCCAAUUUCUGUGUAAAUCUGAUGAACUCUGGAGUGGAAAAUAUAAACAGGGACACCCCCCCUCCUAAAUCCUCAGUAUAUCCUGGGAUGUUUGGGAGAUCAGAAAAUACACAGCUAUACAAUUGUAAUUUCUGAAUGGCCUUCAAGAACCUUAGCUUGGAAGCAGGGAGAGGGAAGAAUUUUGUUGCCAAAAGAAUCCACCUUUUCAAUAUGGAUUAAUAUUAUUAAUUAAAAGACAGUUUUCAAAACAAGAUUUGAUUUCUUUGAAGUGAAAUUUCUUCAACUAGAUCAGGGCCAAAUCAGGU